GCUGCCUGGAGUCCUGCACCGGCCGCGGGCCCCCUGCCUAAUUUGGUUGUGCCUAUCCUGGAAGCCCUCCGGAAUAUAGUUGUCUUUCAGUUUCAAGUUUCAAUUAAUCUCUGAAUGGGAUAUGCUCGAGUGUUGUUUAGUACCAUAGGGCUUAAGUUGCCGCUUAACCAUACAGCGUCGAGGGUGCUUCGGUACUAUGCUGAUUGCUCACACACCAAUGAUGAUGCUCAUAAUGAUGAUGAUGAUGUUGAUGAUGAUGAUGAUGAUGGUGUCAGUAAUGUUGAUGAUGAUGAUGAAGAUGAUGAUGAUGAAGAUGAUGAUGAAGAAGAUGAUGAUGAUGAAGAUGAUGAUGAUGAUGACGCACCAAUGAAGAUGCUCAUAAUGAUGAUGGUGAUGUCAGUAAUGCUGCUGCUGCUGCUGAUGAUGAUGAUGAUGAUGAUGAUGAUGAUGAUGAUGAUGAUGAUGAUGCAUGAUAGCCAUACCCACUCCGCUGGGCCCAAAGGAAGCGCCAGCCUCCAUACUGAUGAUAAUGAUGAUGACGACGAUGAUGAUGAUGAUAAUGAUGAAGAUGAUGAUGAUGAUGGUGAUGAUAAUGGUGAUGAUGAAAACCGCCGAUGAUGAUGAUGAUGAUGAUGAUGAUGAUGACAACGAUGAUAAAACCGAAGAUGGUGAUGAUGAAUGAAAAUUACCGCCGUUA